AUGGCCAAGCAGCUUGACUACAUUGUUUACAUGACGUACGACUUGCACGGACAAUGGGAUGCUGGUAACCAGUGGACCACAGAGGGUUGUUCUGAGGGAAAUUGUCUUCGCAACACUGAAUGGGUCGCAUAUAUGUCCCCAGCCACCAAAGGCAGCCGUCGCUCUUACUGGGAAGGCAUGAACUUUGCCGGCCCCGAUGGCGAUAAUAUGAACGAUGGCUUCCCAAUGCCGGACUUACCUGAAUGCAAAGGGUUAUACACUACUAUGGAUGCCAUUCAAGCAGAAAUAGCCAAAAUACCCAGAGACUGUGUGUCCCAAUACAUACUUAAGGUCUUGAAAGGCACUCUUGAUGACGCCUUGAAACGUUACGACAGCAUGAUAGCAGACGACUAUGACAAAGACUUCGACUACUACGCCCAAGCCGUGGUCGACAGUGGACGGGAUCAGGUCGAAAGCUUCAUGUACCAGAAUGGAUCGAACUACUUCACCUGCAUUGUGACCGAGAUGGUUCCCGCCUGUGGCUUUUGCGAAGACCAGUGGGGGAAAGACAGUGACGUCUACUGUCGUUACUGCGAGGAUUACGACAAUGGCUGGGACCCAAUUUGUGACGAGCCCGAGGUCUUCUGUGACGGUGUAGAGGACAGGUACAAGAACGUGACGGAGCCAUGUCCGCCCGAUUACUCAUUGCGCGCGCAGACACCUCCACAAGAUUCGCGCUGGUCACAGUCGGUGUACUGGCAUCUAGUGGCCUCCAAGGCCAAGGGUUUCUGGGCAGACUUGUACACCACGAAAGGCAUUGAUCAGGAGAAUAUUAAAUGGAAAAAUGUCCAUCAUUGGGAGUGUGCGCCUACCGACGAUACAUGUGCAUACCGAGACUGGGAUUAUAACUUCCCUGUGCCCGACGGGUAUGACAAGGAAGACGUACUCAACCCGAAAGACGUUGUGUCAGACGCUCACAAGAAUGUCACACUUCUCAGCUCUGAGAUGACUAGGGCUCUGGAUCUUAUGACUAAGGGGUCUUUCUCACUCGAUGCUGAUGAUUUGGUAGACGCAUUGUCGCUUCCAAUCUCUAUGGUUGCGGAUGCCGUUGAUAGCAUGGAGAAGGUCAAGGAAAUUGGAGAGGAAAUAGAGGAGGCCAAGCAGGAGGCGAUUCUAAUGGCUUUCCUGACUGCCAUCUUCUUCUUUAUUCCAGUCAUUGGUGAAGUUGCUGGUGCUGUCAGUUCCAUGGUAGCUAUAGGCCGAAUUGUCGCGCUGUUGGGUGAAGUCGGUAAUGUCGCCCUGGACAUUUACACCAUCGUUAGCGACCCCGAUAACGCACCAUUGGCUAUGUUUGGCCUUAUUCUCUCCCCAUUGGCUCUUACAGAUGCAGUGGCCAUCGGCCGAGCUGCCAGUGCUCGCCGUUCCAUGUCUGCGGAUGAUGUAUCUAAACUGGGCGAAGGUCUGAACGAGAGGCUGAGCAAAAUCAGCAACAUUAAGGAUGUGUGUCGGCUCUGA